CAUCCAGCACAACUUUUCCCUCCGUUCGUUUCUAAAUCGCUCUCCAGUCAACAGUUAUGACUUUUUUCUCUCCAAUCUGAUGAUUCUAAAGUCAUCCCCUUCCCUUGAUAUCUUUCUACUGGAGAUAAAAGUUAGAGAUGGCGAGCUUGACGGUGGUUGGCUGGAAUCCACGCCGACUGGCCUAGCUGCCUCCCAGGCUCCCUUCACCACAUAACUUUGCUCUCUACUACAAAUACGCUGGCAUGGCCCAAAGCCGUCUAUACUUUAAUAACCUCUUGACGAGAAACUACAGUGUUGUCGGUGGAGUUACCCACGACAAGGCUUGGAUACCUUACGCUGUACUAACACCCUCUACUGUGUACUGUUUAGACUCGCUAUAAAACUCGAUGUUUCCACUCCGUGUGGUAUUAUAUUUCCACCAGCGUCACUGAGACAGCUUACUUUGCCAGGCGUGAGUUUUUCACCAACUUCAAACUGUUACAACUGCUCUUUAACAAGUCUGUCGGGUUUUUGGGCGACAACUGAGGACCGAGUGUGUUGAAGAGUUGAGGGGACAGGGUACUUUAAAUCUGCAAGCGCCUCGUAAGUGUUAGCAGAAUUGGGAUAAAUCGGAACUUUAUCAACUGAAGUUCCAUUUACAGUGUGAUACCUGGGAGGAAAGGAUUGUACGGGUGGCGGAGCUGUGUAUGAACUUGUCCUAAUGGAUGUUACUGCGGAGACGAUCACGGGAAUGUCCGGGAAUAUGACCAAUGACACGGACAUGGUGAACAAGGUCAGCACCGAAACAAUCACUCUUCUGUCCAUCCUAUUUACCCUGAUCUGUACGACAGGCCUGGUUGGCAACGCUCUCGUCGUCUUUGUUAUACUGGUGGACAGGAAGAUGAGAAAAUCGUCUACUAACUUAUUCAUAAUGAACCUGGCCGUGGCGGAUUUUGUGAUCAUGUUAUUUGGAAUUCCCGAGAUCGUCAUGUUCAUGAUGGAUCGAGGCUGGACGCUGGGUCCGGAAAUGUGUAAAUUUAACAGAUACGUCAUGACGUCGUCCCUCUACGCGUCCGUCCUCACGCUCCUGUCUGUUUGUGUGGAACGAUUCAUUGCCAUCAUCCAGCCUAUUAAAGCGCACAUCUUGUGUGGCCGCAAGAAGGUGAUGGUUGCCAUGGGAAUCCUGUGGCCCAUUGCUCUGCUCUGUGGGUUACCAACUGUCCUGUUUAACCGUGAAAUGAUGCAAAAACCGGGUAAAGCUUACUGCCUGACGAUUCUACCAGGAGAUCGCCAGUUAAGUAUGAAGAGGUAUAAAGCUUUCAAGGUUACAGAGAACAUUAUAUUUUACAUAGUUCCGGUUGUCCUUCAGAUUGUGCUGUACACCGUGGUUGCUAAGCGACUGUUCGCCGGGAUCGAGGAGUUACACGCGCAGAAUCAGACGGGUCAACAAAAUGGCGGUAAACCAGAGAAGACUUCAGAGGCCGUCAAAGCUCGUAAAAGUGUUGUCAUCAUGCUCAUCGCUUGCGUCAUCGUCUAUGUCAUCAGUUUUUCUCCCCAAGCUGUUUUGGUCUAUUACGAUAUGAUUUCGGAAAAGCCUUUUCACAUGUCAUGGCCGUUCUUUGUGUUCGUAAUGAUCAUGGCCAACGUUAACUCUGCUGCAAACCCGGUCUUCUACAGCAUCUUCAGUCAGAACUUUCGCAAACGUUUCAAGUAUUACGUUUGUUUUUCGUGUUACCGAGCCGCUGGUUACCGCUACGCCCGGGGUAUCUCCGAUUUUGACUCGCGCACUUCCCGCAGGCCGCCUUCUACCAGCAAAACCGUUGUGUCCAGUGUUUAAAAAUACACAACUUCUGAUUUCCGGAACUUUGGCUAAAAUUUUGGAUUAAUGAUGUUUUCGUUAUGUAUAAACUGGAACAGCUCUGCCUGGGAAUUAUUUUGGUGAUCAAUACAUGUAUACAUUUGAACAAACUUUUUUGUGUAGCUGACAUGCAAGGAGCAGUACUAUUCUCAGCUAUACUGCUACCAUCUUGCCUACUGGUUUGCCUAGUCCACACUGGAAUUGUAUACUUACAGAGUUAUUGUAAUGGCUGACCCUAAGAGGUGCUGAGACUUUAGCCGCUAUGCAGGAAUCGUUUCUUAGGUGAGCACGAAAUUUACCCAAACAAAGUGGCCUUUAUCAGCAGAUUGUGAUAAUAUAAACUGAAACAGUACUUGGUAAUAAUUGACUUGUUUGUAGGUGUGUACAUAUGGAUUUCUGAAGGCCUACUGUUUAUUGGCUGCCAGCAGAGACUGGACACUCAUGAGGGGUCACCACGAUACAAUUGCUUUGGUCGACUUUAUAUUUUAACUUUUCUCUUGCGACUAUUUGAUUCAUUGAUGACGUCGGUUGGAGACACAACCGCGUUUGGGACAUACUUUAGUUCAGUGUCUAUGUUAUAUUAUGUCUGAGAGGCAUUGGUAUUCGCAAGUGCAUUUAAAUCGCCACAUUGCAAUUUCAUCAACAUCGCAUUACGUCCCCCUAUUUUAUUCCACCUAUUCGUUUGAUGAACGUUUGCAGGUGAGGAAGCUGUGUUGGGUGAGCUUUGGUGGGCGGGUUGUGAUGGAGGUUAGAGAUUCACUGAUUACGGGGCCAGAUGUGACCCUCCGCACCGAUCGUUGUACUGUUUAACAGGACUUUACCUGUGUAUCUUAUCAGCAUGUACGCCUACCUGACCCUUAAUUCUUAAACUGAUGUUGUCUUAGUGUUUUGUCACUAGUUUCGUAAUAGAUCCAUUC